CAAUUUGGAAUAUGGCUGAUAAAGUAGCUGUAGUGACAGGCUCUAAUAAAGGCAUAGGAUAUGCUACAGUUCGAGAACUGUGUAAACGUGGAGUAAAAUAUGUUUACUUAACAUCAAGGGAUGUAAAGAGAGGACACGAAGCAGUUAAAAACUUGAACAAAGAAGGUUUUAAGCCCCUUUUCCAUCAGCUUGACGUUACUGAUAACAACAGUGUAAAAGUAUUUGCAGAACAUCUAAAAAAACAACAUCGAGGCUUGGAUAUCCUAAUUAAUAACGCUGCACUCAUUACAUCUAAUUUUAAAGAGACAACUUAUGAAGAUUCAGAACUGGUACUGAAUGCUAACUACUAUAGCAUAUUAACGAUUCAAAAAUAUAUGUUCCCAAUUCUAAAAGACAAUGCUCGAGUUAUAAAUAUGUCGAGUGAUUGUGGCCAUAUUUCCAAUUUAAAAAACACUUACUGGAUCAAUCGGCUUAUAAAGGAAGAUAUUAAGGUGGAAGAUAUAAAUGCAUUCGUAGAAUGGUUUCUGGAUUCGGUUAAAAAUGGGACCCUUAAUGAAGAUGAUUUUGGGGAAACACCUCUUUUAGCGUAUAAAAUUUCUAAAAUUGCUGUCAGUGCUUUAACAAGAGUUCAACAAAAUGAAGUGGGACGUGGUAUUUCUAUUAAUUCUAUACAUCCAGGAUUCGUCAAGACUGAUAUGACAAGGACAGUUGGUUUCAUAACCACAGAAGAAGCUUGCAAACCUCUUGUUUAUUUGGCUCUGGAUAUUGAUCAGUCUGCAAGAGGAAAAUACUUCUGGUUUGAUAAAACUGAAAAAGAUUGGGCAGAUCCGAACCAGAAGUUGUACGACGACUUUGCGGAAUUUGAGCAAAUGUUAAAAGAUGUUAAUAAAAUUUAA